UCUCAUUCACCAUGAAGUUCAUCGGUCUACUGGUAUCACUAGUAGUUGCUGUUUCUGCAGCACCUCAAGGAUACAACGGCGGUACUCCCUCUGGUGGAGGUCUUACAUCCGGUCCAGGAUCUACUGAUGGUGGUGCAGGAGCUGCCGGUGGAGUCCUAGUCAGUGGAGAAGGUAUUGUGACUGGAUGCCAAGAGGGAGAAGUUCUUCACGUAGAUGGGACAUGUGUAACUCCUGAAGUCACAAGAAAGGUCUACGUUUUUAAUGUUCCUGAACAAGAGAGAGCCGUUGGUCCAGCACCUAGUAUUCCUCCUCCAGCAGUGGACCACAACAUCUUGUUCGUGCGCCUUCCUGAAGAAGCACCUGCACCUGACCCCAUCGUACUUCCUCCACCAAGGCAGAACAACAUCGUCUAUGUGCUCAACAAGCAAGAAGAACAAGCUCAGCGAGUGAUCGAAGUACCAGCUCAGCCACAAGCUGAUCCCGAGAUUUAUUUCGUCAACUAUCAAGAUGGAGAGAACCCGACCCUUCCCUUAGGAGUAGACCUUGAAACUGCUCUCAGCGCCGCUGCUGCAGCCGGUGGUCAGGUUCUUGGAGGCGUCGAUGGAGCUGUUGGAGAAGCUGGAGUUGGUGGAACAGCCGGCUUUGGUGGUGUAGGUGGAUUAGGUGGAGCAGGUGGAAUUGCUGGAGGACAUGGGGUUAAUGGUCUCGUGGGUGUUAAUGGACUUGGUGGUGUUAAUGGAGCCAGUGUUGGAGGAGUUAAUGGCGGAGCGGGAGGAUUCCAGACUGGCUCCGGGGGUAGACCAGGAGGCCUUUACACAACUCCGUAGAGGAAAUGUUUCCUUUUUUCUAGUACCUUAAGAAUUGCUGUUAUUUUUCUCUCCGAAAUAUAUGUGAGCGUAAGCGACAAACCGUU